GGUGUUUCUUGAAAAUGACCCAUAUUAUUACCAUGGUGUAUAUUAAUAUUUAUUAUAUGAUGGUGCACCAGCAGCAGGUGUACAAAAUAUCUUCCACUUUAAAUAUGUCAUGCGUAUAGAGCACGACGCCGAUAACCCUAUCUCGAGUCAAGAUUUUCGACUCGCUAGAUGCAGUGAGUCACUCCCUCUUACGGCUUACAAAGCGUCGGCGACCAAGCGAGUAAAUCUGGUGGUGUGCCUUUGUCAGGACGUACGUUUAGUCGUUGGCUGGAGGCGAGCGAACCGUACAGGUACCACUUUCACGGCACGCCAAGAUCGCACGCCUCUCCCUCAUACACACCGUCACUCUUUUGUUUACCUGCUGCACUCAGUUGUAUUGCAUGCGCGAAUCCAGACACAAAGUGCAUGGACUUAAGUUGAGUUGUCUUACUUACUAACUUAGUGUUGUUGGUUUUUGGUGACAUAGUUUUGUGCGCAGUUUUUGUUUUAUGGACUUAAUGCUUUGAUAACUAUUGUUUAAAAUGAGCACGAUAACUGCGAAUAAAUUGACACCGAAUAGCAAGACCAAUGGGUUUUCUAACAUUCCCAAGAGGUAUGUUAUCAGGCAAAAUUCAACUCCAUCAAAAAUCCCCGUAAAUAAUCCAGAGGCACAUAAAUGGAAAAACCGAUAUGAAGACUGCGAAAUCAAACGAAAGAAUAUUUUGUCAGAAAAAGAAAAAAUUUUAAGAAGUUAUAACGAUAUCAAUAAAAAAUACACCGAUCUUCAAGUAAAACAUGAGUGCCUGGAAACGGAGCUGUUUGAAAAAAAUGAAGAGCACACCAAACUCACCAUUGCUUCAAAGAAUCUUUAUAAAGAAUAUGAAACCCUUAAGAAUCUUUAUGAAACUGAAACUGGAGCUAUGGCCAGAGCUCUCAAGGUAUCCUCCCAAUGGUACAAAGAAAACAAGGAACUCAAGAGAAGAACUAUUAUUCUUGACGAAGAUACAGUUGACGAAGGAGUCGAUUCAGGGGAAGCCGCUUCAGAUUCAGAUAUCGAAAAUCUUAAUAGAACAAUUAAACAGUUGAGCAGUGAAGUUGCUGAACUCCAAACGGAAGUGGACUCUCUAAAAGAAAGCGAAUUUCAAACUAUUGAACAAAACUCCAAAUUGUCAGAGGAUUUAGAAUGUGAAAGACAAAAAUAUAGAAAAUUAAAUCAAGACUUUGAGGAGUUAAAGAAGGAAUAUGACCAAAUAUUGAGAGUUUCUGAGAUGGUGAAGAAGGAAUUGCAAGAAAUGAAACAAAAUGAAGAAGAUCAAAGAAAUAAUGUUGUUUCAUUGAAGAGAGAAGCAGAUAAUUACAAAAAGGAAAGAAACGUCCUAGCCCACCAAAGUACGUUAAUUUUGCAAGGAUUAAACGAAGGUACCAACAACGAAAUGGUCUUGUUACAAGAAAUUGAAGAUUUAAAACGUUCUUUAGAAGACGAAAGAAACAAACAUGAAGAAGAACUAAACUCCCUCCAAGAAAAACUUGAAGAAAAAGACCACUCACAAGUAGAAAUCCUAGAAGAAAGACUAAACAUUGUGGAAUCGGAACUGGAAGAAGCGGUAAAACGUGCCGAAAAAGCCGAGGAAACGAUCAUGAUCUUGAAAACACCACCGGCACCGCCGCCACCACCGCCUCCACCAGCGUUGCCAAGUCAGCCUCCGGUGGUUCCCCUGAGAGUCAAGAGACGAUCACGUGUCAACGUGCUUGACAUUGCCGAAACCAUUGGCGUACAAGAUCAGAAUAACGACACUAAAAAAACACAAGCCGCCCCUGGCGUUAACGACGACAUAAUAAACGCGAUCAAAGAGGGAAAGUUUACGUUGAAAAAGGCCAAAAGUGAAGGCAAAAAAGAAAAAGAAAGCACGAAAGCUGUGUCAGAACUUUUAAAUAUUUUGGGCAGUUUAAGAAGGGCGCCCAAAAAAAGGCAAAGCCAGUUCAUUGGCGAUGUUCAACUUUAAGAAUCUGUGUAUGAGUAUUUGUAAAUAUAAUUUUAAGGUUAACCAUUAGUCAGUUAAUUUUAUUUUUGCCAUAUUUUUAUACGAUUUAUUGUUGAGUUUUAAGAUAUAUGAAUGUUUGUAUGUUGUUUAUUAAAUUAAUAUACUUUCUUGAAAUAUAAUA